AUGUUGGUGAAACCUCAUAACGAGAGACAUUAUCGAAGAAGAAUGCAUGUACUCUCCGCACGUAAUGUGUACAGGAGUACAGACAAUGAUGAUAAUGGUUCCUUCCACAGACUGAAAUGCUCUGGGCUUCUUGUGGGGAAACUGGCCUCUGAGAACCUUAUGUAGAAAUGGGAGGCAACCAUGGAGGACCUGACCCACCUCCCUGAGACCAUCGACAACAAUUCAGGGAGUUCUUCUCUCCAGUCCCUGCAGCAGAGGACGUGGCUUAUUCACUGGUCUCUGUUUGUUUUCUUUAAUCACCCCAAAGGCAGAGACAAUAUCAUCGAUCUGUUCCUAUACCAGCGUCAUGUAGUUUUUAUACAGACCAUGUGCCCAUAUAUCUUGGGUUACCUAACCACAGCUGUCAUCACUAAUAAGGAUGUAAGGAAGCGCAGACAAGUCCUCAAAGACCUAGUCAAAAUUAUUCAACAGGAGUCUUACACAUACAAGGAUCUCAUCACAGAGUUUGUGGAAUGCCUGUAUGUUAACUUUGACUUUGACAGCACUCAGAAGAAACUUAGGUAGUGCCUGUUGGUACUAGUGAAUGACUUCUUCCUGGUGGCUUGUCUGGAGGAUUUUAUUGAGAAUGCUCGCCUAUUUAUCUUUGAGACAUUUUGUCGGAUCCAUCAGAGCAUCAGCAUCAGCAUGUUGGCAGAUAAGCUGAACAUGACCUCCGAGGAAGCUGAGCGAUGGAUAGUAAACCUAAUUCGCAACGCCAGGCUGGACACAAAAAUCGACUCCUAACUGGGUCAUGUGGUGAUGGGAAAGAAUGAUGUUAAGAAGACCAAGAGCCUCUCUUUCUGCAGUCAGAUGUUUGAAAGAAGAAGCUCAGCCAGAGCAUCAAAACGAGAUGCAAAAUAUAACUGA